AUGGAACCCAUAGUUACCAACAACAAGAAGCCAAACAUGUUGGAAAAGAAGUGGCUUUCCACUGCUUUGAAUGUCAGAAGCCAAGGAUCAGGCACUGAGACCAUAGUCUUUGCUCAUGGCUAUGGAACCGACCAGUCCAUCUGGGACAAGAUCACUCCCUCCUUUGUUGAGAACUACAAGGUUGUGCUGUUUGAUUGGCCAUUUUCUGGAGCUGUCAACGAUCCUACCCUCUAUGACCCUUUCAAGUAUUCCUCCUUGGAAGCUUUUGCUGAUGAGUUGGUCACUCUCAUGGAUCAGAUGGACCUCAAAGCUGUCACCUUUGUUGGCCAUUCCAUGUCUGGCAUGAUUGGUUGCUUAGCCUCCAUCAAGAGGCCUGAACUCUUCAAAAGGCUCAUUCUCCUUUGUGCUUCCCCAAGGUAUAUUAAUACAGAAGACUAUGAGGGGGGCUUUACUAGCUCAGAUAUUGAGCAGUUAUUGAAGGAGAUAGAGUUCAACUAUGAAAACUGGGUUUCUGCAUUCUCCUUGCUUGUAGUGGAUCCAAAUGAUGAGCCAUCAGUUCACAAAUUCAAAGAGUGCUUGAAAAAAAUGAGAGCUGAAGUUCCAGCCUCCUUAGCCAAGACUGUUUUCUAUAGUGACUACAGAGAUAUACUUGAGAAAGUUGAAACUCCAUGCACCAUCAUUCAGACCUCUGCUGACAUUGUUGUUCCAUACAAUGUAGCAGUUUACAUGGAGAACAAAAUUAAAGGGAAAGUUACAUUGGAGGUUGUGGACACUAAAGGGCAUUUUCCUCAGCUAACUGCAUGGCUUCAGCUAGUUGAUGUGCUUAAGGGUGUUCUGGGCUAGUAAUUCUCAGUUUAAUUCCUUUUGUCACCUUAGUUAUACUUGUUUCUGAUUUAAUUUAUAGGUUGAUGUAGCUGUGUGAGGACUGUGUGGUUUCUUGAUGUGGAAAUAGUGUGGUAUCUGUUAAUUAAUUCAUUGUUUUGGGCUAGUAAUUCUCCAAUUUAGUCAUUUUGUCACCUUAGUUAUACCUGUUUCUGAUGUCAAUUAUAGGAUGUAGUUGUGUGAGGAUUAUAUGGUUUCUUACUGUGGAAAUAGUGUGGUAUGUGUAAAUUAAUUCAUUGUUUGUAAUUUUGAACCAGUGAUGUUAAUUAGCUUUGUGGAAGUGUACUUUAUUUUUGUAUCUCCUCA